AUGGUAUUGGAGAUAUCUCAACGGUCACUGAAGGCUGAUCACUUUGACUACAGCUCAGUACCGCCUGAUGAAAUGCAAGACACGACGCCAGAGAGGACCAAGAAGAGAAAUACGGCCAAGACAGAACACGACGAUGAAAUCGAGGACACAGCUGUUGACAAAGCACCGAGAGCAUUACUGAUCCCCUCAAGACCAGCGACAUCUCCGUUAUCAUCACCAACCAAGUUGUCUGCCAGCUUCAUAUCAACAAGUCUGCGAUCCAGCUCUCAAACUUCCAAGACGCAAACUCUCAAACCUGAGCCCGGUGGAGCACGGGGUCUAGCGACAACAACUCAAAGGCCUUAA